AUGAUUCUUGAAGAUGUCAGAAGAAGACAAAAUGGACCAUCCAGUAUUCUUGCCUUUUCCUCGAGUUGCACCCCCCCAGAUGGUCGCAUCACACCCGGCAGUGAGUGGUCUGUUCAUCCAGCAGAUUACCCUAACAAUAUAAACCAUCCCCUUUUUCAAGUUCUUAGGGAUCUAUCGGAUGAAGGUGUUACUAUCGUAACAUCGACUGGAAAUCAAGGAACAGAUGAUCCUGCGCAGCCCUUUCAUGGCCCCGAUUCAUAUCGAAUAACUUCAAUGCCAGCAAUUUUCAAUGACCGAUUACCUAUAAUUGCCGUAGGCUCAAUUAAAAAUGACGGCACUCCCUCCCCUAUACAGCCAUAUCUUGCUUAUCCACCAUUUUGGCCAAACGCAGAAAUAGAUGUAUAUGCGCCAGGUUACCCCGCUAUUUGUGACCAGGGACCGCUUCAUCGCUACGGGGCUCCCGUAUACGGCUCUUCAGCUCCUACAGCCAGCGUUGCGGGUCUAGUAGCUUAUUAUUUAGGUACGCGGGGGCAUGUAGACCUAAUACACCAAGAGUGGGUAAGAGACGGACGGAAAACGCCUAGGUCUUGGGCCGAGACUGUCAAAGCAUAUGUUGUUGGAAGGUCUUAUGAAAGACAAUAUCGCCAACCACUUCCGCUGGGUCCGCCACAGGCGUCGAAUGCAGUCUGGAACGGUGAAACUGAACCUGGGUCUUGCCCGGUGCCUGCUGCCGUGGCUUCUACGGACAAACGUCAGGCUGAUGAUUCGCCAAGCGAUAAGAGCUCGAGUUGUGCCAUCUCAUGCAGGAUCUAUCCUAAUCAUUGGAUCGACUCUAUACACAAUUGGAAAUCCCGACAAGGUCUUUUGUGGUACCAAAGUCUCACCGCUGAGCAGAUUGAAUUGUAUAAGAGCGACCCCGCUGUUGCGGGAAUUGACCCAAUAGUUCCUGGGGACCCGGAAAUGACCAUUAAGUCAGAGAAGGUGCCUCAGCCGGAAUCUGGAUUAUCGAGUGCUAGCGAUAGCUUGCUUCAUGAUCCGGUAAAGAGACAGGUCCCCUCCGUACCUAUACCAAUACCAGAUGUUUCUCAUGAAUUCGCAAAUCUCGACCCUGGCGCACAGCCUGAUUUACGACGCGACGAAUCAAACCCAAUGUUCCCAGAACAACAACCUAGGGUUUAUAUCCAUGAUAGUGGAUUCGAUAAGAGUGGCCCUACCUACAAAUCACUAGCUCCUGGUCAAUUAGAGUGGAUGCAUAUACCAGGCAAUGCGUUGCCCCCGGUCUUAGGUACAUUCGAGACAGUACCCCGUGAGGACGAUCCAUCUCCAAUUCUUCACGGUAGUUGUAUGUUAGCGAAGGCUGUAGGCGGAAAGUUCGCUGUCUCUAAAAGGGCUAAAGUGACAGUUAUACGUCGUCCAAAAAGAAUAUUAAGUCAGCAGGAAAAGGACAAUGGUGCACAUGCUGACGAAUUUCCAACGGAAACGGUCCUUUUAGGGUUACAAUUAAUCCUUGAAGAUGUUAGGAAACGAAAAAGUGGGAUGUCUAGUGUUGUCUCUUAUUCUUUCAGUCUCACGCCAGGUGGUCUAAUUAGCCCAACUAGUGCUUUCGCUAGACCUUCAUGGCAGGUGCCAAAUCAUAAACACGCUGCCUUGUUUUCGGCUAUAAAUGAUUUGGUCGAUGAAGGUGUCACCAUUGUAGUGGCAUCUGGAAACCAGGGCAGCUUGGAUGUGAACGAGCCUUGGCAUGGUCCAAUCACAUAUCAGCUUAUAGAUGUGCCGUCGAACUGGAACGAUAAAUUACCUCUGAUCAGUGUAGGCUCAAUUCAAGCAGAUGGUAAACGCUCACCAUUGCAGCCGUAUCUACCUUAUCCUCCGUACUGGCCCAAUGCACACUUAGAUAUUUAUGCGCCUGGUCAUCCUGUUUACUGCGAUAAUGGGCCAGUUUAUAGUAAUGGGUUCCACGAUACGGCUCAUCAGGUGCCACAUCUUCUAUCGUAG